AUGCUCGACUUGGUGAUUGCCACCCGGGAGAACACGGAGAAGCUGGGCUACUUUGUGGAUGACACCGUGGUGAACCCCGGCUUGGGCAUUCCAUACUACAAGACUGUCAUUGAGGGUGCCAACUAUGAGCACGCAGACUGGAAAGACCAGGCUUGCGUGCGCACCAGCCAGAUUCACUGGCGUGAUGAUCACAACGUCAGCUGGCUUGAGCGGCACCUGGAGAUGACCCAGGCCUUCAUUGUGAUCGGCAAGAACCCAGGGCUCUUCGUGCUGGGCGAGCCGACGCACGACCGCGAAGACCUGGAGGAGAAGCAACGAGCUUUGCCGGAUCCCAAUCGGGUGAAGGCCUACAUCAUCCCCGCUGGGAUGGGCCUGAUCCUCAAGAAAGGCACUUGGCAUGACUUCCCCGUCUCCUGUGGCCCUCCACUGUCGGCCUUCAUCAUCAACACUGAGGAGGUCGUGGAAGCGCUUGCCACGAUGCCACAAGCUGCGCCGAUGAACCAUGGGGAUUGCUAUAAGCUCCGUCUCUCCGAGCAAUGGGACUUCACCUUGCGCUUCCCCGAUCCACGGCCCUUCAUCCAGAAGCACGGCUUGGCGCCGCAGCCCUUCCCGGUGCCGCUCAUGGGCCAGGAGGGCUAUGGUGCUGGCAUGCACCGUGAAGAAGUUGCGGCUGGAUGGGCCAAGGGCAAAAAGGUCGUGGUGGUGCCAGUGGUGAACGUGGAGGUCUUUGUGCCAGGCAGCCGGGGCCCUGCAAUCCAGCCCCACCUGCAAUCCACGCCAGAAGUGGCGAACCGCGGGUGGCGGGAUUAUGGAAACACGCGAGGCUUGAAGCGCUUGGUGGAGAUGUUCAAGGAGCUGGGGCUUCCGGCCACCGCGGUGAUCAACAGUGAGGCUGUGAAGGAUGAGGACGUGGCGAAGGUGCUGAAGGGAUCAGGCUGGGAGUUUGGAGCUCACGGCUUGAACAACUCGUCAGGUGCUUCCCACAUGAGCCGCCAGGAAGAAGAGGCAUACUUCAAGCAGACGCUUGAUGAUCUUCAAGAGACCUUGGGCUCGCGGCCUCAGACCUGGCUCACUCCCGGCUUCAGUGUGACCGAGCGCACGCCUGAGAUCGCAGCGAAGGCUGGCAUCCAGGCGCUGCUGGAUUUCGUGGAUGACGACGUGCCGUUCUACCUGAAACACGAAGAAGCGGGCAGGACCUUGUGCUUGCCCUAUUGCAUGGAGACCAAUGACUUCUCCUGCGUUUUGGCGAAGCAGCUGGAUGCGCGUCAGUACGCCCAGACCAUCGAAGAUCAUGUCCGCCAGUUGGCCAAGGAGGAGGGCGAGAAGGUGGUUUGCUUGGGCAUGCACACCUUCGUGGCCGGCACCCCUGCGCGUGUCUUGGCCCUCACGGAGACGCUCCAGCGGCUGCGCGAGCUGCCGGGCGUUGCCUUCGCCACCGCUGCGCAAGCGCCACGGCGGCGUUUUGGUGCGUGCGGCGUGUUUCAACGGGCGCGGCGUGGAGCGCGGAAGUGCUGCGAAGGUCUCAGGACAUAG